UAAGUACAUUCAGCGCUCAGUAUUGAAACGACUGUUUAAAUAACAAAAAGGUGUAUUUUUAAAUUUUAAAUUUAAGCAAAUUCUUCAAAGAAACGUAUCUAAAUCUUAGAAAAUCCUAUGCUAUUUAAGUGACUGAGGUCACAAAGCUUAAAAACAAAUGUUAAAAUGGUUUUAAAGAGGCUGUUAGAUCUAUCAGCAGAAGAUCAAAAGAAUUUUUUAGACUCGUUUGAUAUUAUAUUUACUGAUGUAGAUGGUGUAAUAUGGGACUUAUGGUAUCGCCCUAUAGAAGGCGCCACAGACGCCAUAAAAGCUCUACGAAAUAUAGGAAAAAAAAUCUAUUUUGUCACCAAUAAUUCUACAGCACCAAUGGAAGUUUUUUUAGGCAGACUGAAAAAAUUUGAGGCUGUAGAUGAAGAAGUUGUCAGGCCAGCAAAUGCAUUUAUAUGGUACUUGGACCACAUAAAUUUCGAUAAAUCUAAAGGGGUCUACGUCGUAGGCUUUCAGGCCCUUAAGGACCAAAUUGCACGUGCUGGUUAUAAAGUGGUUACUGAAAAGAUCGGAUUUACUCACGAAACCUUGGAAGCAUUACAAGAAAAACUAAAUAAUGUAGAACCCAAUGUGGGCGCAGUAGUUUUGGAUUUUGUGGUCAAUGUUGACUAUAUGGGAUUGCAGAAGUGUGUGCAGUAUAUCCAAAGAAAUAAUGCAAUUUUUUUAACAGGCAGUACUGAUCCUAUUGUGCCUUACAGAGGCUCAAAUUUAAUUGGUUCAUUCCAUUUAGCAAAAGCUAUCGAAGAAGUGACAAAUGUAGUACCAAAAGUAUUAUCAAAGCCAGGCAAGGAGUUUCAUGAAGUUCUAUCGAAAUAUUUGGGAUCCUUAUACCCAAAAGACCCUAAAAGAAUUCUAUUUAUAGGAGAUUCUGUUGAUACUGAUAUGCCUUUUGCAGAAGAAUAUGGUUACCAAAAAUUAUUGACGCUCAGCGGGUACACUAAAAAGGAACAUUUGGACAAUUGGAAAUGGAACGAGGAAUUACGUCCCGAUUACUUUAUUGAUAGUUUAAAUGACCUAUUUACUGUUAUCAAGACGUUAGAAUUGAAUAUUAAACCAAAAAUGUGAUAUAUAUACAUGAAAAAACUG